AUGCCCAUAGCCGGAGCACGGCAGAAAAAGACUAAAAAUAGAUCAGCACGUAAGAACCAAGUUUUUACGUGCGAUAUAUGCAACAAAACGUUCAAGACUGAAAUUUUGUAUGAUAUUCAUGUCAUGUCUCACGCAUCCCAAACCAGCGAGAAUGUGCAUGCGUGUGAUAUGUGUGACAAGGUCUUUUCAACUGCUCAAUAUCUAAAAAAGCACUGGUUAAGGCAUGCAACAGAAAAACAGUUUAAAUGCAACGAAUGUGGGAAGGCUUUCAAAGUAAAGAGUGACAUGCAUAAUCAUGCAAAAACGCAUUAUGAAUCGUAUUCAAAGAAACAAACUCCCACCCAAAACUUUUGUGAAAUAUGCGGCAAAUGUUUCAGUACCAAGAGCAAUUUGUUGAAACAUUAUGUCAUCCAUUCGAACAUCCGCGAUUUCAAGUGUGAACAGUGUCCAAAAACAUACAAAGCGAAAGGCGAACUGACCCGACACAUUAAAAGCAAACACAAAAAUUUGAAAUUCAAAUGUUCACAGUGCCCAAGACAGUUCACAUCAUCGUAUUAUGCUCGGUUGCAUGAACGUUCACAUACAGGAGAUGACUUGAUAUACUGUGAAAUAUGUGAUAAACAGUUCUUCGUUCAUGCCACAUAUGAACGACAUCGCAUUACCCACACUGGAGAGAAACCAUUCGAAUGUAAGAUUUGUGGUAAAUGCGUUACAUCGAAUUCUUCCCUUCAGAGUCAUAUUUUGAUACAUAAAGACCAAAAACCACAUAAGUGUAAUGUAUGUCAGAAGUCUUUUAUGUCCAGGCUUCACUUAAACGACCACAAAACAAUCCACACUGGCUCAAAAACACAUAAAUGUGGCUACUGUAAAAAGGCCUUUUAUCAUCAGCGCUCACUGCACAGACAUUGCAAAAAGAAGCAUCAGGGAAAUUCGAUGAAGAUCUCGAUGAAAAAUGCUGUUCAGAAAGAAGAAUCAAGUGAAGAAGAUUCCGAGAUUGAAGAAGAAACUGAAGAAGAUUUAAGCAGUGAUUGUGACUGA